CUGAUGAAUGAAAAUUUCAUUUCAGGGUUUUGGAAAUGUUGGUUCCGGGGCUGCUCAGUUCACCCAUGAAAAGGGUGGGAAGGUUGUUGCUGUAAGCGAUAUCACAGGAGCCAUAAAGAACAGGAAAGGAAUUGAUAUUCCCAGCCUACUCAAGCAUGCCAAAGAAAACAAGGGUGUCAAAGGAUUCCAUGGUGGGAACUCUAUAGAUCCCGAGUCAAUUCUGGUUGAAGAAUGUGACAUACUCAUCCCAGCAGCACUUGGUGGCGUCAUCAACAGGUUUCUUUUUCUGCAACAACAACGUUUUGUUAACAAAACCCAGCCAUAUAUACUUCUUUCUAUGCUAAUGAUUUCUUUUCUUUUUUCUGUUUCAUUGCUGCAAAUGAGUUUGAUUGAAACUAAAUGUUGUCCUUUGAGUUCACCGCUGCAAUCGGUUACUCCAUCGCAUCCAAAUGUGAGGAGUACACGGUCAUCCCGCUUAAAAACCAUAUUGGCUAUGGAUUCAACAAUGAGAGCAGAGUUCAGCGUCUCAAGGAGCUCUUUGACCGUCUAAGUGGUAAAAGA